CACCCACCCUCCUACUCUCCGGCCCCCCUCCCCAACUUCCCAACUUCCUGGGCACCCCUGCUGGCCAGCUGCUUCCCACUGCAUCUCACACUGGACCAGCCUGGAGACCUCACUUGCUCCCGGCCGCCCCGGCUGCUUGGGAAGAUCCUGGUGCCUGCAGGGACUGCAGGGGGCCCCAGAGGCCUGCACUGCUCUCCGGAUGGCCUGCUCUUUCUGACAGCUGGGGCCGCACCCUACAUCUAUGUGUUGGACCUGGAGGGACGCUCCAUUUGCCACCUGUCCUGCUGCCUACAAGAGGCUGGGGCCUUUGUUCCAGAGGACGUGGCUGUGACGGCUUCUGGGCUUGUGGUGGUCAGCGACCUCGUCCAUGGGGCUGUCCAUGCUCUCCAGCACACUACCCGGGAGCCUCCGGGGCACUGGGUGACGGUGGGCACAUUCCUGUCCCCUCGAGGGCUGGCUGUAGAUGCCCUUGGCCGCAUCCUGGUGACAGAUUAUGUGCUUGGGGCUGUGCAUAGCUUCACAUUGGGCCCUACCUGGGAGCCCCUGGCCCCAGCCUCAGUGCUGGGUCUGGAGGGCCCUUGCUGGGUGAGCCCAGGGCCUGAUGGGGGCCUUGCUGUGAGUGAGGAGUUUGGGGAUGUGUGGCUGUUUGGCAGUGCCUGCCAGCCCCUGGGCUCUCUGGGCGUCCUGGGGGAACACACCUUUGGUUGCCCAGCAGGGGUGUGCUCUGAUUCAGAGGGCAGCGUUAUUGUGGCCGAUGAACGGAGGCACCAGGUGACCCUGUUUCCCAGGGCUGGGGUGCCUAUCUGCCUGUUGUCACAGGGGCUCCAGCGACCCUUGGCAGUGGCCUGUUCAGCUCAGGGCCAGCUUGUGGUGGGAGAUGCUGGGGACAAGCACAUCAAGGUGUACCAGUACCUCGGGGAGCUGGCCUGAUG